AUGUAAAUAUCAGCUACUGUUGUUUUUUAGAUAUGGCAGAAGGAGCCAGACUCAUUGAGGAGGUUCCUCUUCUGACUGCCACUGGAAGAAAGUUCACUGUAAUCUUAUUUAAGGGCCUCAAUAGUGAUUAGCGCAUUAGAGACCCAAUCCAGCAGAUGGCGCUCUUUCCCAAUCAUCUCCCAAAAGCGUCGAAGAAGCGUUCCUCCCGCCGCCGCGCAGAGCAACAAACCCAAGCUGGCGUACUGCACGCGAGAUCAACGCUCGCUUCCAAAAUAACAUCCCACUGCAGCCCACAUCACAUCUGUGCUUUAAUACCGCGUCGCGUUUGGAGACAUUUGGAGCGGAUACAGCGGAAGUGUCGCAGGAGGAGCAGCAGAACUGCCGUUAUUCAUUGAAACCCCUCGGUGAAGUCAGACACGCUGAUGGCGGCGACAGUGGAGGAGCUCUACCGUAACUACGGCAUCCUCGCCGACGAGAAAGAGGAUCUCAGCAAACACAAAGAUGCUUAUCAGGUGAUUCUGGAUGGCGUUAAAGGAGGUCCAAAGGAGAAGCGACUGGCCGCACAGUUCAUUCCAAAAUUUUUCUGCAGUUUUCCAGCGCUGGCUGAUGCAGCCAUCAACGCACAGCUUGAUCUGUGUGAGGAUGAGGAUGUAUCUAUCAGAAGGCAAGCUAUCAAAGAACUGCCCCGUUUCGCAUCAGGAGAGAAUUUACCCAGAGUCGCAGACAUCCUCACACAGCUGCUGCAGACAGAUGAUUCUGCUGAAUUCAAUCAAGUCAACACCGCUUUGAUCUCCAUAUUCAAAAUCGAUGCAAAAGGAACUUUGGGAGGCUUAUUCAGUCAGAUCCUGCAGGGAGAAGAUAUUGUUCGAGAAAGAGCAAUUAAGUUUCUCUCUACUAAGUUGAAAAUGAUGCCAGAUGACACAAUGACAAAAGAGGUGGAAGAUUACAUCUUCAUAGAGACAAAAAAGGUCCUAGAGGAUGUGACGGGGGAGGAGUUUGUGCUUCUGAUGCGUAUCCUGUCCGGGCUGAAGAACAUGCAGACUGUGAGCGGGCGGCAGCAGUUGGUGGAGCUGGUGGUGGAGCAGGCUUUCCUGGAGCAGGCGCUGAACCCCACAGAUGCAGACAGCGUCGACCGGCUCCUGCAGUGCACGCGCCAGGCCUUACCACUCUUUUCUGUGAGUGAAACCACAGCAACGAAAAAUGUGCAUUCUACUCGCUUUGUGACAUACUUCUGUGAAUUUGUUCUACCCAACCUCAGUCUGCUCACCAGCCCUGUAGCAGAACUGGACAUCCAGCUGGAGGUACUCAAGUUAUUAGCAGAGAUGAGUCCGUAUUGUGGUGACAUGGACAAACUGGAGGUCAAUCUCAACAUGCUGUUUGAGAAGCUACUGGAGUUCAUGCCCCUGCCUCCAGAGGAGGAGAACGGAGAGAAUGCUGCCAAUGAAGAGCCCAAGCUGCAGUUCAGCUACGUGGAGUGUCUGCUCUUCAGCUUCCAUCAGCUGGGCAAAAAACUACCUGACUUUCUCAUCGACAAAAUCAGCGCAGAGAAGUUGAAGGACUUCAAGAUCAGGUUACAGUACUUUGCACGGGGGCUCCAAGUAUAUAUUCGACAACUACGCCCCUUAUGCCCUGAUGUGUGUCGUUCCGCGCUGUUCACUGAACGCUAG